AGAGGCCUAUUCUGCUUCUUCUGCUGGUUCUUUCCUCUACCAGUCACUCUAUAUUUCAGGUUCAAACAAAAUAAUCAAAUAAUAAAUAUAAAAAAAACUGUCCAAAAAUAUAUAAAUUCACUAAUUUCAGCUUCUUUCUUUCUUAUUAUCAUCUUUAUCCCUUUAUUUCAUAUCCAAUUUAUCCACAAAAAUAUUCUCUCAAUAUUAUUACAAUUAAUCCAUUCUUAAAUCACCACUAGCACAGUUAAUUUAAUGGUGGAAAUGCAUACUGUUUACAAUUACUUUUAAGUGUUGUUCUUGUAUCAGAUUCUCACCAUGGAUCUCAAAGCACAGUAAAUUCACUAUCUUUUCUUGUUGUUCAUGUUUUAUUAUAUGUUCUAUUGAUUUCUUGUUCUGUGUUCUUAUGGAGUAUGAAUUUUUGUGGUGAGAUUUGAGUUGGGUAUUCCAUAGAAUAGGAAAAGAUUGUAUUUUUGUUGGUGGGUUUAUAGUUUUUGUUAUAAAGUUGUAAUCUUUGAGUAGUAAUGGUGUCUGCAAAUGACCCAAUGGAGCCUUUUCUGAAUUCAAUUCAAGUGGUGAAAGAUGCACUUUCACCACUCGAACACGGGAUUCGAAAAGCAGCUAAGGAUUUCGAGAGUUGCUGGGGAGUUUCGAAGAACAAUAGGGUUAGUAAUCUUGAAUUGAAUUCUGUAGAUAAUGAGAGGAAUGAUGCUAAAGUUCAUAUCGUUGCGGUGAAAAAGAGGAAUUCUAGUAAGAGUAGCUGUAAUAAUGGGAAUUCUAUGGCGGUUGAAGAGCGAAAGAAGGGUUUAUCGAUUAAGGUUCCUGUUAAAAUGUUGUUAGGCAUGUUUUCGUUGAACUUGGAUAACGGGUAUAAUAAGAACGGUGCUAAUACGAGAGCUGAGGUAGGAAAGAAAGGGUUGAAAGAGAGGGAAAUGAGAAAUGAAGAUGGUUCUUGCACAAAUUGUUUACAGUUUGCGGUGACUUGGUCAGUGCUUGUUAGUAGUUUUGUUCAGGCAUUUCCUAGCCCUUUCAAAACGAGCAAAAAGCGGUUUCAGAAAGUAGGUGAUGAUGAUAAAGAUCGUUUGCAUUUGUGCAAACCGGGUUCAAAGGUGAAGGUUUUGAGUGAAUUAAGGCAAAGCGAGUUGCAGGGUCAGUUUGUCGAAGCAGUUCAGAAUGACGGCGGAAAUGAUAAAGAAGGGAAACAUGUAUCACUUGAAUGCCUUAUAGGUUUUAUGUUUGAUCAAUUGUCGUAUAACCUACAGAAAUUUGAUCAAAACUUGCAAUCAACAGAGAGUAAAGGCUGUGAUGACUAUCCAGAUCCACCUCCAGUAUCUACGCAGUUUAAUCAUUUGAAGGCAAUUAUGAGUAUCUGGGAAAGUCGUAAGGUUGAUGUAAAUGGAUUUUUGGGAAAUUUAAACUUUGCGAGAGUUGGAGGUGUACCGUCAAGUAUAGUUGGUGUGUCUUCAGUUAAUGAAGAAGGUGAUGAUGGUCUUAGUGCUGGAACUGGGGUGGAAACUGCGGGUAGUUCACCACAAAAGCUGGCAAGUGGUUUACUUAGUAUUCCGUUAUCAAAUGUAGAGCGCUUACGAUCAACACUAUCUACCGUUUCAUUGACGGAGCUAAUUGAGUUUAUGCCACAGCUGGGAAGAUCUUCUAAUGACCAUCCUGACAAGAAAAAACUAAUCUCUGUACAGGAUUUCUUUAGAUACACAGAAUCUGAAGGAAAGAGAUUUUUUGAGGAACUGGACAGAGAUGGUGAUGGUCAUGUAAAUUUGGAAGAUCUUGAAAUUGCAAUGAGAAAAAGGAAAUUGCCACCAAGAUAUGCACGGGAAUUUAUGCAGCGUACGCGAAGUCACUUGUUUUCAAAAUCAUUUGGUUGGAAACAGUUUUUGUCUCUGAUGGAACAGAAGGAAUCAACAAUUCUUCGCGCUUAUACAUCCCUCUGUUUAAGCAAGUCCGGGACCUUGAAAAAGAGUGAAAUAUUGGCAUCACUGAAAAAUGCUGGACUUCCAGCUAAUGAAGACAAUGCUGUGGCUAUGAUGCGAUUUUUGAACGCGGACACAGAAGAAUCAAUUUCUUAUGGCCAUUUCCGCAAUUUUAUGCUUUUGCUGCCUUCUGAUCGACUUCAAGAUGAUCCUAGGAGCAUAUGGUUUGAAGCCGCAACUGUUGUUGCUGUUGCACCACCUGUUGAGAUACCAGCUGGGAGUGUUUUAAGAUCUGCAUUAGCAGGGGGCCUAUCUUGCGCACUCUCUUGUGCUCUAAUGCACCCUGUUGACACAAUAAAGACUCGGGUGCAAGCGUCAACUCUUACUUUCCCAGAAAUCAUUUCAAAGCUUCCAGAAAUUGGAGCUCAGGGAUUAUACAGGGGCUCAAUACCUGCCAUUCUAGGACAGUUUUCAAGCCAUGGUUUGCGGACUGGAAUAUUUGAAGCAAGCAAACUUGUGCUAAUAAAUUUUGCUCCAACACUACCAGACUUGCAGGUUCAAUCUAUAUCAUCAUUCUGCAGCACAGUUCUGGGGACAGCAGUCCGAAUCCCUUGUGAGGUGUUGAAGCAACGCUUGCAAGCUGGCCUUUUUGACAAUGUGGGACAGGCUAUUAUUGGUACAUGGCAGCAAGAUGGUCUGAAGGGGUUUUUUCGUGGAACUGGUGCCACACUUUGCCGUGAGGUUCCCUUUUAUGUUGCUGGCAUGGGCUUAUACGCUGAGUCCAAAAAGCUUGUUCAGCACAUGCUAAGACGGGAACUAGAACCGUGGGAAACAAUAAUUGUUGGAGCCUUAUCGGGAGGGCUAGCUGCUGUGACUACUACCCCUUUUGAUGUGAUGAAAACUAGAAUGAUGACUGCACAGGGAAGAUCCUUACCGAUGUCAAUGGUAGCUAUCUCUAUACUUCGCCGUGAGGGUCCUCUCGGUCUCUUUAAAGGAGCAGUACCUAGGUUUUUCUGGAUUGCUCCAUUAGGUGCCAUGAACUUUGCUGGUUAUGAGCUAGCAAGGAAGGCUAUGGACAAACAUAACGCGUCGGCAAAUGAUCAACUUCCUCCAAAGAAGUUGGCUACUACUGGGUAGAUUUUGCAAAACUUAAUACAUUGUUCACUGGAGCAUCCAAGGCUGUUUUUGUUUCGUUCCAGCUGCGGGAAGUUUUUAGUAUUUUCUCCCCAGAUUUUCAGCAGGAUGUGCAUCAAAUAUCAUUCGCCGACAAGCCUUUUUGUUUUUCAAUGAAGACAUUGUACUUUUCAGCCAUAGCUUGUUUUAGAAUUUCUUGUUACUUAGUGAUGGCUGCUCAAUUUCUUUUUGCUUAUAUUUUUGAAUCAGCUUCAAUUUUUGUACAUUUUAUGUGCAGUUAAAUUUUGUUCAAUUACUAGCAAAAAUCUUUUUUUGCUUUA